UCACGGCCAAGUUACUUCUUGCUCAGUGUCAUCCCUCACAUUACACCACUGUUCUAGAACAAGCCAGGCUUGGGAGCCUUGUACUGCGAGCAUCGCAGACGUUAUUCAUCCAACAGAUUCGAGCCAUCUAGCAGCUCGAAACGACCACGUGCAAUAUCGGCACCCUGUCAGACGAAAGACAUGAACACUAUCUCAACGCCGCCACCGUCCGUUCUCUGGAGAAUCCAGCAGGCAUUGAAAGGAACGAAUGCUACGCUUUUAACAAACAGCGAGGUUCCAGAGAAAGACUUGACAGGCAAGUGGAUUAUAAUCACGGGAGCCAACAACGGUAUCGGGUUCGAAGCAGCCAAGACAUUUGCUAAAUGGGGCGCAAACCUGAUCAUGGCUUGCCGUGAGCCUCCAGAAUGGGAAACUCACCCAUCAGUGGCCGAAAAAGAGUGCAAGACCUUGGCAGAAUCGGCGGGCCACGCCUCAAGAAUCGAGUGGUGGGAGCUUGACUUGACGGAUCUUGGUAGCAUUGACCGUUUCGCAACAAAAUGGGUAGAUGCAAAUCGUCCGCUACAUAUUCUCUGCAACAAUGCCGGGGUUACCGCGACGCCAGGUGCCGAGACGAUCUACACCAAGGACGGAUUUGAAUACACGCACCAGAUCAACUUUCUGUCCCACGUCUACCUGACGUUUCGGCUGCUUCCAUCCUUAGCACAAAGUUCCGAGCCAAGAGUUGUCUGUACCACAUCGUGCCACCACUUUCUCGGCACAUUUGACUUGGAGCAUUUCAACGGCGGCCCGGGCAUGCGGGGAGAGCCAUACGGGAACAACAAACUGUACUACCAAGUGUGGGUAACCGAGCUCCAGAAGCGCUUGCUCCGCAGCGAGAAGCUGAAGCACAUCACCGUGAAUGGCAUCAACCCCGGAUACGUGAACUCGGGGAUUUGGAACAACCCUCGGCCAGACAUAAGGCAAUCAUUUUUGGAGGCACGCAGAAUGAAAUUAUUCCAGUUCUUAGCACGCAAGUUGGCAAUCACUCCCGAGCAAGGUAGUAUCGCCAUCGUCAACGCCGCUACCAGUCCCACACUUGGUCCAGAUCCAGAGAUUCAAGGUGUCGGAGCUCCGGGCGGAAAGGGCGGAGGGCACUAUAUCAAUCGUAUUUGGUUGGCUGAGCCGAUGCCCUACUGCGCUGACGAGAACGCAAGGCGAGAGGUUUGGGAGAGAGUCGGCGAGGAACUACGUUUGGCGGAGCGAGGGCUAUAUGACGUGUUCGAUAAUUGAGAGAAGAUCAUUUAGUCAAUGAUCGCACGGGAGAGGGAAUGUCAGUAUAUUGGUGGAUUUUAUCGGGCGUUGCAUCAGUCUCUAUCAACCCCAGUGAAAUAUUCCCAAAGUACCAUGCCAUACCAUUGCCUUCAAA